AAUUAAACUAUAAUUUGUGUAUUUUUACGAAAAUACCAAAUCCCGCUUGGCUAAACAAUAAUUAACAAUUGUCGAAUUGUAUGUAAACAAAAUUCAAUGAUUCAAAUUGUUUACUUACGACGCUAAAAUAUAAACGGUUGUAGGUCAAUUGUGUUUCGGUUGUGAAAGUUUUCCCCGUAAUACAAAAAGUUCGAUAAACCAGGGAAAGUGCAAAAAAAAAAACAAUUUACUGCUUACAAUUGCAAGAAAAAAACAAGCAAAAGUUGAGAAAUAAUUAUAAAUUACAAUGUCCAACAAUUCCGCCAAGCAGCAAGAACUUAAGCAUAUUGGUGCUAUAGUUCGGGCAUUGGUAACAUCACGUAAGCCGCCAUGUUAUUUACGCGAUAUUUUAAGGGAAUAUCCCGAAGUGGAAAGUAAAACUUUACCCUUUAAAAGUAUGGGCUAUAAAACGGCUCAAGAACUGCUCGAAGAUACUGGAGAAUUUAUUUUUAAUAGUUAUGGCAGUGGAGAUGUUGUCAUAACCGCCAAGUAUAGCAAAAAUUCGGCACAUAUUUCGUCUAUGGUUAGAGGUCAAAAGACGAGUAGAAGUACCCGCAUUGCCCCGGUAAAAGCUAUGAAACAACCUUCUCGUAUGCCUUCACGUUCAAAUGGUUUUGGUGAUCGCAAUAACAAUAGUUACAGCAAUAAUCGUAGCUCUACUGGUGCAACUGGUGGCGGUCAUCUAACUCAAGCCAGAAGUUUUAAUAAUCAACCUUCAAAUCAUACAGCAUCGUUGCAAAGACAAAAAUCCAUGGGCAGCAGCAGCAGUGGCGUUAAUAGUAGCCAGGCUAAAGAUUUGCGUGAAAUGUUGAAUUCCAAGAAAAAUCUCAAAACCAAUUUGCCACAAUCCAAUAUACAACAAAAGUUAACAACGGCACAACAAUCACCAUUAGCUAGUAAAGUUAUACAACCGCAACAAGGCAAAGACCCACAACGUUCCUCUAAUGAUCAACAGCAAAAACAUUUAGCAGGCGGUGGUCCACGAGCAAUACUAGGUGCCAAACAACAAACCAGAGAGUCUCAAAAUAAUACUGAUCACAAGAAAUCGGAAGUGAAAACACAAACACAACAAAAACACUCUACAACAGCGGCACAACACAAAGUUGAAAAAUCUUCAGCUUCAUCAGCAUCAUCGUUGGAGUCAAAAGUUUUGAAACCACAACAGAGAUUAAACGCCAUACAACAUAAUCUACAGACACAGCCGCAACAAACGAAAGCUACUGUGGCUGCCGCUGUUGUUCAACCUCAACCACAAACACAAGCACCUGCUGCUGUUAAGCCAGCUGCUGCACCAACACACAAACCAUUGCCAUCUGCAGCUUCAGCUGGCGCUUCAUUUAAUGCCAUCAUGGAUCAAUCAAAAUCGAAUGCGGCUUCUGGCAUACAAAAUCGUUUGAAAGUUUAUGUCAAACCAGAUUAUCCAGCACAGCCCAUAACCUACAAUCAUCAGUUCAGCAAUGCGCCCAAAAUCGAUUACAAUGCCUUCUCGCAUCAUCAGUUCAGCAAUCAACCACAAAAAAUGGAUGCCAUAGCUUCCAUUAUACAAUACUGUCGUGCCAAAAACUAUCCAGCACCCCGUUUCAAUGUACUAAAGGAUAAAUUUUCACGUGGCACCUAUUCGUGCAGUGUUCAUGUUAACGACAUCAUCUUCUCUACAUAUCCCCAUGAAUAUGAGACUGAAUAUUUGGCCAAAGAGGCGUGUGCCAAAAGAGCCAUGGAAAAGACUAAAAUGCUAGAGAAGAAACGUCCUCUGCCCACAUGUUCGCUAACAGACACUGAACUUUUGGAUAAACUGUACACGGAACUAUUGAAUCAUCCUCAUGGUAUAUUUGCCAAAAAUUUACCCGAAACAUUUGAGUCAACCUUCCAGCUACAGUUGCCCGAUAAUUGGUGGGCCUUGGUGCAGACCUCCAGUUUGUUUACCACCGAAACGAAUUUGGGAAAAGUGAUUAUAUUUGCCAACAAGGAUGCUGAUAAGGAUACGUUGGCUUUGUGUACGGGCGAGGCCACCAAGACCAUACAAAUCGAUCCCAUACGUUUGCCCUGGUCGGAUGAGUAUUGGGAUGUUUUUAUAACACACUGCACCUCCACUGUAGAGGUUUGGGGUCGCCUGUUUGGUCAGGAUUAUAAUGUACGCUUUGGUGCUUUGGUAAAUGAUAUUGAGGCCUAUAUGGCCACCAAAAAGGAACGACCCGUGUCCAUAGCUCGCAAUAAUAUCUAUCUUGUACACAUUAACGAAUGCUGGCAUCGUGUGAGAGUAGAAGAACUGGAUAAAUCAAAGGGUAGUGCUUUGUGUUUCUUUAUUGAUUUCGGUGAUGCCGACUGGUUGGCUGUCGAUCAAUUGCACAUCUGCGAAACCCAUUUCCUAAGACUGCCGGCACAAGCUGUGCCCUUUUCUCUGUAUGGCCUAGAAGAUUUCGAGGGAAAUCCUUAUGCCCGCAAGUGUUUGGAUGAUUUAUUGCCCACCAAAUCAUUGGUGGGUCGUAUAUUCACCAAAGAAAACGAAUUCUAUGAUACCAACUCGAAGAGUCAUGGCAAAAUACAAUUGGUAUUAUUCGAUACCUCUACACAAGAGGAUCUCAAUCUCAAUCAUCAGCUGUUGAAUACCAUAUGCAGUGAGACAAUGGUACCGGAAAUUAAACAAAGUACCGUAACCAAUGUCAUUGUCACUCAUAUUAACGACAAGGGUGAUAUUUAUUUGCAAGUAAAUAGUGCUGAGUUGAAAUAUGUGCAGAAACUUUUGCAACAAAUAGUUGAGUCGAAAUUCAAUAGCGAUCAACAUAAAAUCUCAUUUGAGGAUUUGAAACGUUCCAAUCUAUUUUUAAUUUGUGAUGAUGAUGAUAGCACUGACAUCAAAUGGUAUCGUGCUGCCUUGGCCGACUCAAAUGUCCAACCAGACAGCGAUAGCUAUGAAAUGUAUUGUGUGGACAAUGGUCGUACCAAAUCUACCAGUAUUUCGAAAAUAUUUUUAUUGGAAAGUUUAAGCAUGGCCUUGAGCAAGUUUCCGGCUCAGGCCAUUAAAGUGAGACUGCAUAAUAUACCCGAUAUUACGGCCAAUAUUGUGGGACGUAUACGUGGUCUAUUGCCCAGUGACUGUGAAGCUUUAGUAAGACUGUCUGUAACCGGUUCACUUCCUCCUCUCGUAACAAUUUAUACUCGUUUGGAAGGACCUGGUACUUUAUGUACUAUUAAUGAUGUGAUACGUAUAGAACAUGAAUUAGAAGAAUGUUCUGAUUUACUACAAGGUUGUACUAUAGAUGAUACAAAUUCAUCCACUAAAUCUGCCCAAGAUAUUAGCAAGAAACUAGCCCAUAGCACCAGUGGCUCUUCACUAGCCUCACCCACAACACCUACUUCGAAUCCCUUCAUCGAUGUAACCCGAGGCCUUACACUUACCAAAGUGCCAGGCUCACCACAGAAAUCAUCUGAUCUCCCUAAGUUGCAAAACUAUGCAGACAUACCAAAUAUACAUGAUUACUUUGAAGUGCGCAUAACAAUGUCGGCUAAUCCUUCGAACUUUACGAUACAACCCUAUAAAGACUAUCCCAAUUUGCGUGCUUUAAUGAAAGAAUUACAAGAAUUUUGUGAGAAUAGUGAUGAGUUUAUACCCACUGAUAUGGUGGAAAUUGGCGAGGCUUAUGCUGCCAAAAAUCCUGAUGGUUUCUUUCAUAGAGUGACGGUUGUUAAAAAGUAUGGCGAUAUGCUGCAUGUUUUAUUUUGCGAUUUCGGUGAUAUAGUCACAUUAGAUAGCAGUCAAUUGAAGACAUUGCCUUUGAAAUUCCGUCAAUUACCCAAAAUGGCCAUACAAGCCAAGCUUUAUGGUAUUAAAGCUGUUAAUGGUGACUGGACCCUGGAUGAUUGUUUAUUCUUCCGUAAAUUAACUAUGGGUAAAACCUUUGUAUCUGUUAUUAAAGAUAUAAAAUACGAUAAGGAUUGUACACCAAACACCCCAAUACUCGAAUUGGAAUUGAUUGAUGUUACUACGGAUGAAGAUAUUUUGAUACAUGAACUUUUACUCAAUGAGAAACGUGCUAUUAACGAAGAGUAAGCAGGGAAAGUAAGACUUUUGAAAAAAUCUCUCCCCCCUAUAAAAAAAAACGUUGCGUUUAAUUACAAAAAAGUGGGUAAUGUAAUGUAAUCAAUCAAUCGUUUCAUAAUUCUUUUUUAUUAAUUGUUUUUUACGUGUUGAUCACGUAAGUUUAUUAUUAUUAUUAUUAUUUUUUAUAAAUUAUUUAUAUUACACAAAACGAAUUACAUCUAAAACAUAUAAUUUUCAUUAUAUAUUAAACGAGAUUUUUACUUUUACUUUAAUUUUCUCAUUCACAUUCCGCGAACUUGUUUAGUUUAAAUAAAAAAAAAGUUACUUAUUUCCUUAAAUCCUCAUCCAUUUAACACGAACGACAUUUAAGCAUUUUUCAAAGAUUAUCAUUAUCAGUUUUUUUAUUUUGUUUAAAGACUUUUCUGCUCCUCAUUUUACUUUAAGUUAAGUUUCUUCUCCCUUUGUUAUAAACUAAAACCUCGUUUUAGUUAGUUUUUUUUUAUUAUUACUUCUUUAUUUUUAUUUAUAAUUAUAUCGAGAAAAAAACAAAUGAUUUCAAAAAAAAAGCAACAUAAAAAAUGUUAAUUUACUAACACAAUUAUUAUCUUCAUCAUCUAUAUAAAUAUGCGUGUAUAUUUAUUUGAAUGCAAACAAUUUUUUCAAAAUGAGAAUUAUAGACAUGAAUAGAAUAUUAAUUACACAAACAACUCUAUAUAUAUAACAAUAAAAACCACUUAUAAAUAUGCGAAAAUUAAAACAAAAAAAAAAAAUGAUAUAAAAAAUA